GCGUUGCUGGCAGCGUUGUCUCUCUCCACCUCCACCAACACACACACACACACACGCGCCACUUACCAGCACCUCUCUUCCUUCUCCCCCACCUCCUCCUUUCUCUCUCUCUCACCCUUUGAGUGAGCGAGAGAUUUCCCGAACCUGAGCGAGGCGCUACCGGAGACACCAGAGAGGCGAUAUCCUCGUAAAGCGCAACAUGGCUACAAUUGUAACCUCCACCAGGUUUACAGACGAAUAUCAGCUGUACGAAGAGCUCGGAAAGGGUGCCUUUUCUGUUGUUCGGCGAUGUGUAAAGAAAUCAACCGGCCAGGAAUAUGCUGCUAAGAUCAUCAACACAAAAAAGCUGUCAGCACGAGAUCAUCAGAAGCUAGAUAGAGAGGCCCGGAUCUGCCGUCUGCUCAAACAUCCCAACAUAGUGCGUCUCCAUGACAGUAUCGCAGAAGAAGGCUUUCAUUACCUGGUCUUUGACCUAGUGACUGGUGGAGAAUUGUUUGAAGACAUCGUUGCAAGAGAAUAUUACAGUGAAGCAGAUGCAAGUCAUUGCAUCAAUCAGAUCCUGGAAAGCGUCAGCCACAUCCACCAGCAUGACAUUGUGCACAGGGACCUCAAGCCAGAGAACCUGCUGUUGGCCAGUAAGAUGAAGGGGGCGGCAGUGAAGUUGGCUGAUUUUGGCCUCGCCAUCGAGGUGCAGGGAGAUCAGCAGGCCUGGUUCGGUUUUGCAGGCACCCCUGGAUACCUCUCCCCUGAAGUCCUGAGAAAGGACCCCUAUGGCAAACCAGUGGAUAUCUGGGCUUGUGGUGUGAUCUUGUAUAUCCUGCUGGUGGGUUACCCUCCUUUCUGGGACGAGGACCAGCACAAACUGUAUCAACAGAUCAAGGCUGGAGCCUAUGACUUUCCCUCUCCAGAGUGGGACACUGUUACUCCAGAGGCCAAAAACCUCAUCAACCAGAUGUUGACUAUCAACCCAGCGAAGAGGAUCACGGCUGACCAAGCGCUCAAACAUCCUUGGGUCUGCCAACGAUCCACUGUCGCCUCCAUGAUGCAUCGUCAAGAAACUGUCGAGUGUCUGCGCAAGUUCAACGCCCGCAGAAAGCUAAAGGGGGCUAUUUUGACCACCAUGCUGGUGUCCAGGAACUUCUCAGUGGGUCGGCAGCACACCAGCCCCGCCACCCCCACCACCAGCACAGCUGCACUGGCACAAGAAGCAUGCAAAAGUUUACUGAACAAGAAGUCUGAUGGCGUGAAGCCACAGACAAACAACAACAAAAACAGUGUAGUAAGCAGCAGCACCAAAGACAGCAGCAUAUCAUCCACUGCACCAAUGGAACCACAGACCACUGUCGUGCACAAUCCAGCCGAUGGUAUCAAGGGGUCUACAGAGAGCUGUAACACCACAGAAGAGGAGGACAUGAAAGGUAGGAAAGUAUCGGUGGGUGGGGCUAGCAAUGACAGUGCAGUGGUGAGCCAGUGCAGUGCCUCGGAGGAGCCAGCGCCUCAGCCUGAGGCCUCUCCCCCCUGCCCACCGCCCACCGAUCCACCACAUGAUGUUAAGAAUGUUGCUUGGAGCAGUUCAGGUCAGAGCUCCUGUCCUGAUUUAGAGCCUGCUGUACCUGCUCCAGCCUCCACCACACCAGGGGGCAGCAGCGUGCACAGGCAGCAGUCACGAAAGCAGGAGAUCAUUAAAAUCACAGAGCAGCUGAUUGAGGCUAUCAACAAUGGAGAUUUUGAAGCUUACACGAGGAUCUGUGACCCUGGCCUGACCUCUUUUGAGCCCGAGGCACUUGGAAACCUGGUUGAGGGAAUGGACUUCCAUAAGUUCUACUUUGAGAAUUUGCUGAGUAAAAACAGUAAGCCUGUGCAUACAACCAUCCUGAACCCUCACGUGCACCUGAUUGGAGAAGACGCUGCUUGCAUCGCCUAUAUCCGACUGACGCAGUACAUGGACAGCCAGGGCCGGCCACGCAGCAGCCAGUCGGAGGAGACGCGUGUGUGGCACCGCCGAGAUGCCAAGUGGCUCAACAUCCACUUCCACUGCUCUGGAGCGCCUGCCGCACCUCUACAGUGAACCACACAGGGCAAAGCAUGCCUGAAUACUAAAGCUGAUUGGAGCAUUUCUUCUCCGUGCACGUCUUGCCGCCUGGAGCCCGGCCAGAAGAGAACCUCUUGAAGUUUUGAAAACGCGAGGGAAAAAAUUGACACAACUAAGAAAUAUAUUUAAAAGUGGCCACCACUUCAGUCCAACUCUAGCUAGAUGUGGGGCGGGCGGCCACGGCAGCAGCCCUGCCUUCUGGAUGCUGCAUGCUUCUAAUGCCCACACGGGGCGCUGUAUUGUCUUUACCCAUAAUCCCAUAAUGUCUGCUGCCCAACAUUCGGAAAUGGUGUUUAAAGUAUUAAUAAUAUAUUGUAAAAUAUUGAGAUCUUCACUUGUGUAAUUCACAGCUGGUAGACAUGGAAGUUAGAAUCAGAAAUGUGAAUCUUUGAAAAGCACACGCCGUUUUAAGGGUAAAUGGUGUGAGUUUAUUAUGUUUAAGAAAACAUUUUUCUGUUUUGAUUUUAUUUUUUAUGCAAAGAAUGUGAUGGCAUGGCAUAUCAGAGGGAACGAAAAAUGUAUCAGAUGUUGAAGCACCAAAGUGUAGACUCUAGAUAUUGAGAAGAGGAUGUUUUAAUGUUGCUUUUAUUUUCUUUCAAAUUAAGGAAUGGGGUUGGGGAGGAUUUUUUUCUGGCUUUCUGUUGUGUUUUUGUGGAUCUCUUGGUUUUUAUCUCCUGAAUGAUGCUGUAUUUGAAAGUAUUUUGUCUUUUCAAAAAUAGUUUUAAAGUGGGACACGAUUUACUGUAGUUGUGCAUAAAUAGAUAUUUAUAAAGAGAAAGGACAAAACAAUGUGUGGUGUCCAGAGGAGAGAAGGGUGGGGAGAUGUGUGUGUUUGUGUACGUAUAAAUGUUUUUUCUUGGGUUCAAGAUGCUUGUUGCUAUGUAGUGUUUUGCGUAAAUCUUCUUUACACACACUUCCACGUGAGGCCUAAACUCAAGUUGGGUUGGUUUACUUGCCUUCCUGUAUGUUUGCACUCAUAACCUCCCGGCUCUCUGAACCUGAAGUUGCAGAACUCUCACAUAGAUUCGAGUUUGUUAUAUGUCUCCUGGUCCCCAGGGGAUGCUAAACACUACACACAACACACUCAUAGCCCCUCCCCCCCCUCACAGAGUUACUAAGCUCAUCCUUUUAGGCUUCCAGCUGCUGUGCAUAUCAUUUUUUAGACUAUACGCAUGUCAAAAAAGGAAAAAAAAUGAAAUGGCCUGUACUGUUUUGCACAUAAGCUUGAGACUCUAUGCUGUUCUGUUCACUUUUUGUGGACUGCUUUGCAACUUCAGGUUAUGAAAUCCAUCCAUAGGGGUCCAUGCUCUAGAAGGAGACCCAAACUGUCACAUUAUCCCUCCAUGAGUGUCUGUACACUUGUUCUGAUGCUGUUUGCGUUGUCUCAUCAUACAUUGUGACUUUUUAAAAGACUUGAUUGUGGUUUGUUAAGAUCACCUGACCAUCUAUAGGCAGGGAUUUGAAUGGAAAUGACUUGAUGAAUGCAGUUCCAUGGUGUUUUGGGGUCCAUUUUGUGGUAGAAUCUUUUCUGAGUAUCUUGAUCUUGUUUUAUUUUAAUUUGUUCAGUAUAACCUGUAAAUACUAAUGCAGAUCAUUGAUGAGGGAUGAAUUGAACGCUCAGCCAUUCGUCUUCAUCCAGAUGCACGUACACACACAGACUUUCAGUACAUACAACUCGGUGUUUGGUAAACAACUCACAUAGUUUAAAAAAAAAAAAAUUCUUGGUUUGGGUGUAUUUAAGCACAUGGACACAUUGUGCUCCCUUUAAAGCUUAUCUGUGACUGUCAUACAUCAGAACACUGUUCUUGGCUGUGUUAUUAUGUAGAUCCCGUGUGUGAAUUGUGAUGCCUGGGGGUUUAACGUUCCCCCUUUUACUCUGUGCUAAGCCAUUUCUUGUGAUAUUUUAUCUUUUGAAGUUGGGCCAAAUGUUGCACCCAACCCUGUAUGUUCAAAAAAGGGAGGAAAGAGAGUACUCCUACCUUAAAGGCAUCUUGUUAGUGAGUUCGCUUGUCCACAGAUGAAACCGUCUGGCACUGUGAUGUCUGCCAUACCUUCAUACUGCGCUCUCUGUUGCCCCCUGCUGCAGUGUGUCUUUUAACAGUGUGUUCAGCCCUAGUCUCUGGCCACUUCUAUCACUCAUAGUGUAUCCUCUCAGAUAUGAGUGUCCUUGUUUUAAAAAGUGCAGUUUAGUCAGUCAAACAUCCAUUUUAAAAAAAAUGUAAAUGGUUAAGAAAUGUUUCCAGAUGCAAGAGAUUGUAGUUCUUGUAUUUCUUAUGACUGUUAGAUGGACACAAACGCCUUUGUAUGCGAAGUGAAUAAUUCCUGAACUAAAUAACUCCCACAACCAAACCAUAUAUGCAGUUCAGCAGAAGGAAAAUAUGCAUGUGUAACUUUCUAGUAAUAAUUUUCACUGUCUGUGUUACCUAAAAUUUAAUUAUGUGUAUAUUACCUGCAUCUUCAAGGUAAAUAAAAUGUGGCUCUGAGAUAUGGUUUCCAAUGCUAAAAUCAAAUGCUAAUUUUGUAAAGAAAUGGACUAAAAGAUAUUAACAAAGAUUUAGCUUGGUAUGUUUCCCCAUUCUUGUCAGUUUUUUGCAUUGUAACCAUAUAUGAUGGGACUACAUAUGCUUAUACUCUGAGGUUUAAUUGGAUGCUGGAUUUUUGCAUGACCAUACAAUUAAUAAAACUAUGAAUUUAAAUCUA